AUGUCGGUUCAGAGAGCAAGGUCAGGGACAUCGCUCACACGCCCGCCACUUGAUCGGCGCAGAGCAUCACUGUUUCUUGGCAAGGACGAGGAGCGCUGGGCUCAUAUGAUAGCUGAUCCUGCAUCUGAUUCGCCAUGGAAAGUGAUCAAAAGUGUAAUGGUAUCGCCGCCGCGGACGUGGGAAAACCAUGAUCCCAUUACGCACAAGUUUGCAAGCUCUCUUGGUAUCGCCCCUGCGUCUGCGCAGACCCGAAACGUGCAUGAUAUUGAAUCAUCACUCAUGCCAGCGCAUGAUGAGGAAGUGCCUGCAAGUGCAUUUGUCUCAUCAGAUUACAGGCCCAUACCCACACCAUCGACCGGGACAUCAGCGGUGCACCCUUUUCGGCAAUGUGGUGAUCGUACGGUUGCACCACAAGCAUCUGCCUUGCUUUCACCUACAUCGCUCACCGCCAAAAAUGAUGCUUCGCUCUUGCCUAGAGGCUCGCCAAGUCGAAUGGAUAUGUCGCAUCCCAUCUUGUCCGACUCUUUGUCAAGUAUACUGCUAGAAAAAGCCAGCCUCGACGUGUAUCCUGACGAUGCCGUGGUGAAGACAACAACGCGCAAUGUGUCAGCUGCAUCGUCUGCGUCGCGCUUCAUGGAGAAGGCCUCCGCGGCUUGGUGCCAGUACGAGCCGACACUCGAAGCGCGACGAGACCGGCGCUCGAAGCUCCUUCGCUCCGCCCUCAAGGACUAUGUGCCAACCCCACGUACUGGUUCGCCUGAACCCAAUGUCCAGUCAGAGCUUCAGCUUCUUGACCAGAUGUACGACAAGAAGGACAUACUGUCUUUAGUCCCGCGACGUUCUAUCGAACAUGUGGAAGGUACUUUGUACGAUGAAGACGGGCCCUUUCGCGAGGGCGCCACAAGUGACAGUCUAAGUGUACGCUUGUUUUACGCACCUGGACCCAGCGGCGAAGGUAUCAGUUUCCUCAUCACGACGCCGGACAACCGCGUGUUUUCUGCGGCAAAGCGGCGGAGAUGGGCCAUGGACCAGUAUGGCAACUUUUUUGCGGCGAUGGAAAUCAAGAGUGUCGAGUCGAAGCUCCGUGUGGCGAAGAACGAGACAGUCGACCCCUUGUAUGCACGAGAGUAUGAGGCUGAUCUUCGGCGACAUUACAUCGACGACAUUCUUGACGAGCUCCAAAAGGCCGAGACUCUUACGCCGGUGCAAAGCGCAGUCAAGCCGCACGUGCUCAGAACAGAAGAUAACAAGAUUGUUCGACUGGAAGAAGACUUUCCUGAAGAAGCUUUCUUCGUGAUCGCUGGAUGCCAAGAUCAUGAAAUUAUGCCUGUUAUGGCGCGCGUAUUUGCCGACGCUAUCUUGCUUCUCUGGCGCAUGCAUUGUCAUGGUUGGAUGCACGGUGAUAUUAAACUGGAGAACCUUAUGUUCAACCAGAAAGGCGUUUUAUAUAUCAUUGAUUUUGAAAAUGCGUCACCGUUCCGUGGAUCGGCUCAGCAUGACGGCCUGAUCCAGCUACUAAGCUUCGACUGGACUCCACCCGAACUGGAAAUCAGCCCUCUGGGUCGCCGAAUGGGCCCUACGGGCGACUUGUUUGCCUUAGGAAGCAACAUCAUUCGAGGCUUUGCUUUGCGUGAUGGCAUCACGGACAAGACAGUUCGUGACAUGCUCAUGGGCGAUGGCCUCGGUAUUUUCAUCUCAUUCCGAAACACACUCCUCACAUCCUCUGCGAGUAUGCCUGAUGCCCCACCUGUGCAUUACAAUGUGAAUCUCGUGCCUCUCUUGCUCGCUGCUGAUACUGAAACGACGCCAAUCUACCUUAAUCCAGCGCGUGUACUGCGAAUAUUUGCUUGUCGGGCGCCAAAACUGUUGCAGUACAUCCUGGCGCACUGCGUUGCGCCAUCGCCGUACGAACGCAACGAGCGCUUUGGUGUUGAAUUGGCACACGAGUUACUUCAUGAUCCAGCCAAUGCAGGCAUGUGGGAGACCGUCAAGAAAGCCCUGGACACAUCCAUCGAGCUGAGCGGAAGUUCUUGGGUCCGACCGAAACUGAAUGAAGCACGCGACAUUUUGGAAUUGUCAUAA